UUUUAUUAAAGAACACUCACCCUGCCAGUCUAAGUGUAGGGUUUACAACUAGAAGCCCCCAACGCCAACUGUUUCCGGCUGUCCGGUGACAAAAUAAACAACUCAAUUGCAGAAUGGUCUGUAAGCCCGAACACAAGCUGUUUAAAAUGAGUGUAUCUUAAUAGGAAUUGCCAAAUUCCACCGGACCUCUGUCUACUUUGACGCUCAACCAUUUCAACAGCUGACCUCCACCAUGACUGCUGUAAUCAGGGAAUCUGCCCGUGUCCCGGUCCGAGUAGCUGGUGAUGGCAUGGAAACGGAAAAAAAACCCUCCAUUUUGGAGGUCAGCACAGACAAGAUGCCAGUCUGCCUGGCAUCUCUUCCGCCUCUGAAGGCAGCAAGCCCCAAACGUAACACCAAAUCUUCCCCACCUCCUCCCCAUGUCGCCCCACAACCUCUCGGUGUGCUCCACCUGGGCAAGGUGUGCAGGGAGGCCUGCACCGAGGUGGAGGCUGUAAGGAUCCUUAUCCCUCGUGCUGCCAUAAGUAGAAGUCGCCGUGCUGCUGCGGUGAAAGGAGACGCGGGGCAACAGGCGGAGGAGCGAAGUUCAUCCCCGCAGCCUGUGGUGGAGGACUGGAGAGGCCAGCUGGAGAAGCUUCAGAACUCUGAACGCAGGCUGUUGCAGGACAAAGAAGGCCUGUCUAAUCAGCUGCGUGUGCAAACUGAGGUCAACCGAGAGCUCAAGAAACUGCUGGUGGCAUCUGUGGGCGAUGACCUGCAGUACCAAUUUGAGCGUAUGGCACGUGAGAAGAACCAGCUCAUUCUUGAGAAUGAGGUUCUGGGUCAGAAUUUGUCGCACACGGCAGAACAGCUGGAACGCAUGAGUAUCCAGUGUGAUGUGUGGAGGAGCAAGUUCCUGGCCAGCAGAGUGAUGGCGGAGGAGCUGACAAAUGCCAGAGCGGCUCUGCAGCGCCAGACCAGGGAGGCACAAGGAGCCAUUCAAGACCUUUUGUUAGAGCGAGAAGAGUACUCCAGAGAAAUGGUGCUCACUCACAGGUCUCUGGAGCAGCUGCUGGUGUCUCUGCAGUGGGGCCGACAGCAGACGUAUUACCCCAGCGCACAGCCGCUCGGCACAGGGGAGCUGGCAGCCGCCAAUCACAAGCUGGCAGACACCAUCAACUCUCACCUGUUGGGCAAGAACACCAGCAUCGGGGUGAGAAGCAACAGCGCAGCGUCUGAGCAACUCUGCAGCACACCUGCCGAGAAGAUGGCUGAGAAGGUGCUGAAGAUACUGGACCCAAUCUCCCGCGCAGAAAACCAGGCGGAGUCGGCGCUAAGUGACUCGGCUCCCUCAAACUUCCUGAGCAAUAACAAGAAGAGCAUCGGCAGGUUCCACCCGUACACACGCUAUGAGAACAUCACCUUUAACUGCUGCGAACGCUGCACUGGAGACAUCCUGGUGCUGUAGACGACAGCUCGUUGGAUUUAAUCACUUUUGGGGCACAUUAUUCUCAAAAUAACCCAUUUGCUGUAUUUUAAAAGCCAACAACACGUGCUGUCCAAAGUGUCUCAGGUCACGGAUGAGAGUGUUUGUACUUUAGGUCAAAAAUUUCAUCAAAUUUUCCCUGAUCAAUUAUAUUUUCUUAGGGGAAUACUGUACAUACUAUCAUCUAUGACAGGCGUUUCCAAACUUUUUGACCAAGGGCGGCAUAACGAAAAGUCAAAGUAUACGGGAGCCAUUUUGAUAUUGUUUUAUUUUGUUUAAAAUAAAUGCUGGAAACAGACAUAUUACAUAUAGACAGAUAGAUUAGAUUAGAUUUUAUUGGUCCCCUUGGGGAAAUUCAUUGUCACUGCCGUACAUUUAAACACUAGACAUUACACAUCACACAAAAAAAUAAAUAACAAAAAGACAUCAUACAUGACCAACACACAUUUACAGGCCGGGCCUGCUGUUAAGGGCGGCUAUAGCUGCAGGGAUCAGGCUUUUCCUGAGGCGGGCCCUCCGGAAUUUGAUUGUUCUGUACCUGCGCCCUGAUGGUAGUGGGAUGAUGUAUUGGUGUAGUGGGUGAGUGAUAUCCUGGACUAUUGUUUUUGCCAGUCGGGUGAUGGACCUGUGGUUUAUGUCUGAAAUGUUGGGUGUGGGUAGGCCGAUGAUUUUAGCUGCUAUGUUUGUAAUGCGUGUGAGUUUGGUCCGGUUGGUUACAGAAAGCAUGGUGAAAAAAUGACAGAUGACAUAUUUAAGACAAAAAACUUGUGUUAUAUGGGACGAAGUGUACUUUCAUUAGUUAUUUCUGGGGUGUCCAAAAUGUGGCCAAAGGGUCAUUCGCAGAUCAAAGCUCCAGUUUUGUUGGCCUGCAACAUACUGACUUAAAAAAAACAACUAAAAAUGUAAGAAAAAGAGGGAAACAACAAUGUAACGAGAAAAAGAUGGCCUUUUGAUACUAACAAUACAAUUUGUCACCUAUACCAGUGGGGACCGGUACCGUAUUUGCUUCAGGGCCGCAGAGAAACAUUAAUUAAUUAAUAAACUACCGCAUUUUCUCUGACUUAACUUUCGGCUGUCCCACUAAACACACCAAUAAGCUUGUUAAUAGUUGUAUAUUACAACUCCUUUGUUAUUGUACAUGUGUUAAUGUGCCAGAUCGGAGCUAAUUUGUUGGCUGUUUUUAUCUGCCACAUGUACAAAGCCGGUCCGUAAAAAUAAUGCAUACAUUAAUCCGGUCCCUGGUGAGAAAAAGGUUGGGGAACCCUGACCUAUAACACAAAGCUAACACUUAAGUUUUGAUAUAUAGUGUGUUUGUAGCAUUCAUUUAUUUUUACAAAUUAAAAAAAAAUAUCAAAAUGUCACUCACAUACUUAGACUUUCAUGUUUUGUACUACAUUUUCAUCUUUUUUGCUUAACUUUUUAUACAGUUUUUCCCCCCCCCGACAAAAUGUUGCAGGCCAACAAAACUCAAGCUGCGGGUCGCACUUUGGACACUUUUGAUUUAUGACAUUUAGGAACAAUUGUGUGAACAGAAGUGUUAUAGUAUGUUAGGGCGGCAACGAUGAAUUUGACUAGUAAAAAAUAUUUGAUCCAAAUAUUCAUAGAAGUUUUUAAUGAGUAUGACUAUUAGAAAUGGAUCAAAAUCGGACCACAGGGAGUGCCUGUAACUUUAAAUCAAAAACGUAGUUUCCGCUUAGCCGCUGCAAUAGAGCGUUCAUGAGAGUGGUGGUGUGUGGGUGCUGUGAUCUUCUUGUAAAACUCUAUUUAAAAAGGGCAAUUUCAAUGAUGAAGAUAUAAUAAUAGAUUUUAUUUGUAAAAAAGCACUUUACAUUGAGUAAACAACCUCAAAGUACUACAGUGUAUUGAAAAAAAUAAAAAGAUAAUAAAAAAUUAAUAAAAAUAAAAACUAGAACAGCCAAAAUAGCUAAAACUAGUAUGCAUAUAUCUUUAAAAAAAGGCUUU